AUGGGGGUCUUCUGUGCCCAGACCGCAGCGCUGCUGCUGCGCGUCGGCGAUCACGCGACGAGGCGAGUCAUGGAAAUCACCCACACAGCGCAACUUAGUCGCUUUGUGGUUUGGUCGGCGGACUCCCGUGGCUUCGUUCGAUGCUGGUAUCAAGACGAGUACGUCCACAUGACGCGCGACCAUGAAUACUUCAGCGAAGCGGCGUGGUAUCUGUCCGGGUCAACUCCAUAUCAUGAGUUCCGCGACUCCAUCGCCGCUCACAUCGCAGAGCUUCGGAAGCGCGCACAUGACACCGAACGCGACGCGUCGCAAGGGUCACCCCUAUCGCAGCGGCCACCCAGUCAAAUAUGGGUUGAUGGCCCGGAGCUACAGAAGUGGUACACGAGGUUGCAAGAACAGAUUCCCAUCCUGGAGGAACGUGUGACUAAGGAAACAGAUACUUUGGAGAAACGCAAAGACGAAAUUGCUCGGCUUGAGCAAGACCUAAAGAGCCAGGUAAACCUUCUGGGAAUCGCACAUAACGAGCUAAACGCCCUUGUGCCGGGUGCAGCGGACCGCCUCAAAGCAACGCUGCCGCCCCUCCCACCAAUAGAGAUGUCAAUGACCGCAGACGGACAAACUUUACUAUCAAUACCACCUGUGUCGCUCCCCGCAGCGAAACCAGGCGCCACGGCUGCUACGGCUGCCGCGGGCUCGAGCGGCUCAGCCCUUGAACCUUUGCCACCGCUUUCUGCAUCCCCUUUAAAUGCUCCUGACUCAAUAAAUGCAGUAAACACGUCCAACGCACUAGCUGUGGCCGCCCCUUCCGCGUUGGGCAUAGGUGGUGCUCUCCAGCCGCAGCAGGGGUCGCUAGUGCCACCGUCUGAGGUAAGCGGGGCAGCCAACGCCACCACUCUCACAAAACCCGCGACGGCUCUCGAUGGAAGUAGUGGUGGGGCGGGUGCGACCGCACCAUCGGCACAGAGUGGGCCUCACUUAGGGACGGAUGCUAUGAAAGAUAAAGCAAUGAGCACUAACGCUUUGCUAUCGCUUCCGCCGGGUUUAGAAGACAAGAGCUGGAAUGGUGUCUCGUGGGUCAAUCCGAACGUCGGGAACUAUAUCCAGCGGCGGUACUACGGAGCUGAACCAAGUCUGCGCACUCCAGAUAUCAUGAAACGAGUGCCGCAGAAGCGUCUUCCAGCAUUAAAAGUGUUCCCUCUGCAACGUAGUAAGAGCGCUGGGGCAAGGUCCACAGGGGGCCCUAAAGAAUCACUAAAGGCUCGUUAG